ACUUUGGGAUUGGAAGCAUCACAAAUAAAUUCACAGCUCACAAACAACCAACCAACCAGGUUUUAAAAAGAAACCAAUAAAGACUUUGAAUCUCAAUUCUUCUUCUUCUUCUUCUUCUUCCUGUGACCACCCAGAUAGAUCCCAUAUUCAAUGGGAGGCGUGACGUCAUCAAUGGCGGCAAAGCUAGCAUUUUUCCCACCAAACCCACCUUUUUACAAGGUGGUUAGUGAGAAAUCAAGUGGGUUAUUGUUGUUGGACAGGUUUCCGCACCGGGAAAACGUGGACGUUUUGAGGCUACCCACUCGAAGGGGGAAUAAGAUCGUUGCGGUUUACGUUAGGUACCCGAUGGCUACUCGUACUCUGCUUUAUUCGCAUGGGAAUGCUGCUGAUAUUGGUCAGAUGUAUGACCUCUUCAUUGAUUUGAGUAUUCAUCUUAAACUUAAUCUCAUCGGGUAUGAUUACUCUGGAUACGGACGGUCUUCUGGAAAGCCAAGUGAGCAAAACACAUACGCAGAUAUUGAAGCUGCAUAUAAGUGUCUAGAAGAGACUUACAACACAAAGCAAGAAGAUAUCAUCCUCUAUGGUCAAUCUGUCGGGAGUGGGCCCACCGUCUAUCUUGCAGCAGCAGCAGCAGCAGCAACAGCAACAGCAACAACAACAACAACAACAAUAAGAAUAAUAAUAACAACAACAACAAUAAUAAGAAUAAUAAUAACAACAACAACAAUAAUAAUAAUAGCGUUGUGUGGAGUUUUGAUUUUUCAUGAAAAGGAGCUUGAGAUAGAGGAUAGGUUGUGGGAGCGGUGUCAAAUCACUACGAGAAGCAGAGACGGUUCAAAUCUCAAUGUGUUACAUGUUCACGAAACUAAAAAAAUGGACAAACCUUACAAGCUUAAGCUUAAUAAGUUUGCUGACAUGACAAACCGUGUGGGUUCCAAGAUUAAGCAUCAUAGGAUGCUUAAAGGGGACCAAAUCCGUAACAAGACAUUCAUGUAUGCAAAUGUCGAGAGUGUCACUACUUCAGUUGAUUGGAGAACAUCAUUCAGCCAAGAAACCCUCCCUAUGCACAGAUUAUUUAAACACACAAUUCAAGGAGUGGCAGCCGUUGGAUACGGCACAACUCUAGACGGAACUAAAUACUGGAUAGUAAAGAACUCAUGGGGACUCGAAUGGGGCGAAAAAGGAUACAUCAUCAGGAUGCAAAGAGACAUAUCUGAUAAAAAAGGGCUUUGUGGCAUAGCAAUGGAAGCCCAAAUCAUUUCUUACAUCAUCUCUCAAAGACGAACUCUAAACAACACAUAA